UUUUGGCGUCUCUGCCAGCACCGGUAUGCUGUCAGUCACACGUUUGUUUACACCGGCAAGUUCGUGUCGCUACACGAGCAGCACGCGGUCGCUCCUCGGCUGUGUGCGUGUCAUCGCACACCAUGAUUGUGUGCGUGCUGCUUGCGCAAAGUGUCAAACUUUUGACAGACUUUGUUGUCAGAGAGCGGACGAAUUUUUCUUUUGUCGUCAUCAGUGAGAUUUUCUUUGGGGCUUUUCAUUGUUCGCAAUCCUCGGAGGCUGCUGAAUUGUCGUGAAAAUAGGUGUAAAAUUGUGCUUUCAAACAGUGAUAAACGGUGAUUGAUAAUAGAAACCAUGACGGGCUCUUGUAGAUAAGAUAAAGCAUGUUGUGAUACUUUUGAGUUCGACCAAAGAAAAUCUGGAAAAGUGCAGUCAAUUUCCAUCAUUCUUAUCGACAUAAGGCAUACUUAAUGGGGCGGAAGUCUCCGUGGUGUCUGCAGAUUCAUCGAUUUUUCGCAUCCUUUAUCGCGGCUCGGGUGCCGUUGACCAGCCGUGUUUCCGGAAGUAGCUCAAAUUAGUAAGCAAGACCAGAGUUAAGGCGACUCGUGAAAUGUCGUGACUUUAAUGAGUGCAGACAAACUGUCGCCAGUGCUGCUAGGUCGAAAGUAGAGUAACACGACGACAUGGCAGAACAGAAAAUCGAAACCACGACGACGGCGGUGGCUGUGGUUCUGGCAGAAAUGAUGAACGAUUGUAGCUAGAAAAGUGUGUUUUUUUUUGGAAUAGCAACGGGGUUUAAUUCAUAAUGAGCUCAUGUGAUGAAACGGAGGCAUCUCCCGCUUUAUUGAGUGUGGAAAGCUUUGCCUCCGUACCUCCCGAAUCCUACGAUGAUCUGGAGGGAGCUGUCGGGACUUCCGAGGAGUGCGUUCUUGAAGUGGCUAGUGGUGGGGAGAACCUCAAACAGACCGACGAUGACGAGGAGGAAGAGGAACCGCCUGAGUUUAAAAACCAAGACGAUUUCCCACCCACACCGUACGAAGAGUGUCUCGAUCUAAAUGCGUUCGAAGUGCUCGCCAAACAGGAACAGCAGGAAUCUCAGGCCAGAUUAAAGCAGCAGCAGCAGGAUUCCACUAGUCUUAACUAUAUUGAUGGCGUUCCAUCCCCAGCACGUGACCAUUGCGCCACUAGUAAAAUUUCAUCAACUUGUUGUUCAGCUACUUCUCCGACAUCUAACAAUGGCCACCACGGAGACUCGUGCGGAUCGUCCAAUUCAUCGGCACCCUGCUCGGGCGUUCGUCGGAAAGCCAAGGUCAAACCAACUUCCCAGGAAGAGCCAGUAUCGAACGGUACAAAGAAGAAGGUCCGUCCCAAUGGAUCCGUAAAGUCGUCACCCUCGCAGGAUUACCUCCAUAUAUGGGCCGCUGCAACCGCUACGGCUGAAGAACCAGACAGCCAGGUCGUCAGCCCAACCAUUCAAAUUCAUCGACCGCUGGAGCGAUCUUGGCCACCGAAGCAAUCUCGCAAACAGCAGGUCGGUUCGCAAUCGCAAGGUGCGGAGGAAUUUUCGUUCGAUAUCAUCGAUACGGAUGAACAAAGCUAUGGGAAUGAGCAGGAGUCGGUGGGUGCCGCUGCGGUAGAAUUUUCUCCCGGUGAGUUCUUCGAGCAGAAUCCCAAGCAGGUGCGCCACGAGAAGGUGGUUCGAGUGAUCAAGCAACCUUUAGAAGGGAUUAUUGAGAGCGCUCCGCUGGCCACGCCCGAGACGGACGGGAGCUUGUCAGAGCACACUCCACUUCGACUGGGAAGGUUGGAUCGGAACGCCAAUCCCGACAUUGAGACUGUCAGCGAAGACGCUGAGCCAAGUGCCAGUAAUGUUGCGAAGCUUCCGCUGAGGAAAACUGUUGUUUGCCCAGAGUAUAGCUUUCCGGAGCAGCAGGAACAACAGCCUGGAUGCUCCGGCGAGACUGUUCCAAUUAGAAUUAGUAGUAGUGUUAAACCGCAUAGGCCAUUGACGCGGGCAUUAUCCAACGGGAAGACCAAGCAGACAAUGAAUGGUCCGAUCAUCUCCGGAGACUUUUUGAUGGCUGAACCGAUCAAAGCUACACACAUAAUAUUUCCUAUUCAAAACUUGUCACCACACGCGAGGAGUCCGCCUUCUGGAUCAUCUACCCGAUCUGGAUCACCGCUGGAACACUCCCCGGAUCGAUCAUCUCCGGUCAUAAUGCAUCCAAAACCAAUACGGCCACAGCCUCGCCCCCUAACAAGAGUCGGCUGUGGUCGUAGUGAUCCAAUCUGCCCUCCAACGCCGACGCACCAUGCCAGAAGGUUACGCGUUCUUGCCGACAACUUUGGUCCUCCGGAUUUGCGACACAAUACGGUUGCCGAACAGCCCCUGUCUCCGGAAACUCGAUACAACGAACUCGUGGCCAUAACUGGAAGUCGCGUCGAUCAGUUGCGGGUCGCGGAAGGUCGAGAAGAUGAAGCGGAAACGGAUUCGCCGAUGAGACAUCUGACCAGUACAAGACUUCCGUCGAUACCGGAACGAGCUCGUGGGAUUUUGGCGGAACCGGAAGAGCCGCUUCCCCCUGCAUGGGAAGCUCGGAUGGACAGCCACGGACGGAUCUUUUACAUUGAUCAUGCUUCGAGAACCACUUCGUGGCAGCGUCCAGGAGCGCAUUCUGGGCUGUCUGGCCCGGAUCAGCAUCGUCAACAGCUUGAUCGUCGUUACCAGUCCAUAAGGAGAACGAUCUACGACCGACGGGAUGCUGGAAAUCGAAGUCCUCCACGGUUCGGAUUCGAGAACAUCAACCCACGGCAGGGUGCAUCAGCGAUCGCCGUAGCAGUCAACGCCGCUCAAAUCGAAAAUCUCCAGCUUGAUCGUGCUGCCCAUCCAGCACUGCUGAUGAUCUGUCGGCCCGACUUCUACUCCAUGCUACACACCAACACGGACGCCAUUCAGAUCUACAAUCGCAACUCGGCGCUCAAGCACAUGGUAUCGCGUGUCCGACGGGAUCCGACCUGCUUCGGACGGUACCAGCACAAUCGGGACCUUGUUGCGCUGGUUAAUUGUUUUGCUGCACCCGAUAAGGACAUUCCUUCCGGGUGGGAAACCAAAAUGGAUCAGAGUGGCAAGCAGUUCUUCAUCGAUCACGUUAAUCGUCGGACGUCGUUCAUGGAUCCUCGGAUGCCUACGGACUGUCCGCGAGCUCGGCACCGCCCGGAACAGCUGAUUGCGACUACCGUAGCUCCCAUUGACGUAGCGCCGGCUCCACCACCCAGGCCACCCGCCUUGCCUCGGCUGAGCAUCGGAUCGCCGGAGAUUCCGGUAGCAUACAAUGACAAGGUCGUCGCCUUCCUGCGCCAACCCAACAUCCUGGAGAUUCUCCGCGAGCGACACGGAGCGGCCGCCUGCUCGCGGAAUCUUCGCGAAAAAAUCAACUCCAUUCGGGUGGAGGGAACGGCGGCGCUGGACCGGCUCAGUCAUGACCUUCAGCUGACGAUCCUGCUGAGCCUGUUCGAGAACGAGAUUAUGAGCUACAUCCCGGUGGAGGCUCGCAGUACCCAGGGUUCACCCAAUCUCAACAACACGUCGCGCGUGCCCCAGCGCGCUCCACCCCCCUUCCGGCGCGACUUUGAGGCCAAGCUGCGCACCUUCUACCGCAAACUGGAGUCCAAGGGCUUUGGCCAGGGACCGCACAAACUGAAACUCCACAUCCGCCGGUCGCACCUCCUGGAGGACGCCUUCCGGCGCAUCAUGUCCGCCAACAAGAAGGAUCUGCAGCGGGGGCGCCUCGCCGUUCUGUGGGACACCGAGGAGGGCCUCGACUACGGUGGACCCUCGCGAGAGUUCUUCUUCCUGCUGUCGCGCGAGCUGUUCAACCCGUACUACGGCCUGUUUGAGUACUCGGCGAACGAUACCUACACGGUGCAGGUUUCGCCACUUUCGGCCUUUGUGGACAACAGUCACGAUUGGUUCCGAUUUAGUGGUCGAGUGCUUGGGUUAGCGCUGGUGCACCAGUAUCUGCUGGAUGCGUUCUUCACAAGGCCGUUCUAUAAGGCGCUGCUGCGACUUCCGGUGGCUUUAAGCGAUCUGGAAUCGUUGGACAACGAGUUCCACCAGUCGCUGCAGUGGAUACGGGACAACGACAUUGGUUCCGGGGUGUCACUCGGACUGACGUUCUGCGUGACGGAGGAGUUGCUGGGGAGGGUCGUCGAGCGGGAGUUGAAACCUGGCGGAAAGAACAUUCCGGUGACAGAGAAGAACAAGCGUGAGUACUUGGAGCGCAUGGUCAAGUGGCGGCUGGAGCGGGGCGUCCAAGAGCAGACGGAAUCGCUGGUGCGUGGCUUCUAUGAAGUCGUUGAUCCGCGGUUGGUGUCCGUGUUUGACGCUCGCGAGCUGGAGCUGGUCAUCGCCGGCACGGCGGAAAUUGAUCUCAACGAUUGGCGGAUAAACACCGAGUACCGAAGCGGCUAUCACGACGGCCACCAGGUCAUCGUCUGGUUCUGGCACGUGAUUGAAAAGUUCUCCAACGAGCAGCGGUUACGAUUGCUCCAGUUCGUAACGGGAACCUCUAGCAUCCCCUACGAAGGAUUCGCCGCGCUGCGAGGUUCGACCGGUCCCCGGCGGUUCUGCAUCGAAAAGUGGGGCAAACCGAACGCCCUGCCGCGCGCCCACACCUGCUUCAACCGGCUGGACCUGCCGCCGUAUCCAACGCCGGACAUUCUGUACGAAAAGCUGCUGCUCGCCGUCGAGGAAACCAACACGUUCGGAAUUGAGUAGCUAACUUCCGGCGAACUGCUCUGGCUCAGCCGGAGCGAUGUCCUGUUCUACUAUCUGUUACUGUUUCUGUUUUAUAGUGUAUUUAUUUUCUACUUUUUCAAGAUUUUAAUCGUACAACUGUUGUGAAGAAAACGAAACGAAAGAAAAAAUAGGUGAGGAAAUCGUGGAACACGCAUGUGAACUGAAACUGAAACAACCUUACAAAAAAUGCAUUUAUACAACCCACACCUAACCGAUUUCGCGAUGGCUAAAAAAAGCAGCGGUGGACGAGAGAGGGAAUUAAAGCGCAGCGAUGAGUUAUUGGGUUAGUGUUGCGAAUCGAGCUCCGAACUAGCGGUCGUGGUAGCAUUUGCUUUUAAUUUAUUGGAAUUAUUGGUUAACUUUUGAACUACAUAAAAAUGGAAUUUGACUGACUGGCUUACUAACGAAAAAAAUAACUCACCCAAAGUGGGAUGGUGGUUUGUUUUCCACACCGUUUAACCUUCCUCACUUUACUGAGGAAAGGCAAUAAAAUCACUCGAAAAUUGAACUUCCUCAAUACACCUCCUAGAUAUAUCUUCACGUGUACUUAUCGAAUCAGAAUCGAAUUCUGAGCAAAUGUUUUUGGGGAUGUGUGUAAACAUAAUUUCUUUUCCACACGAUUAUCUCAGAACUAGCUGAACUGAUUUUGGCCGGAUUAUCCUUAUUUGGUCCGUUGUGGGGUCUAGACUCUAUUGAAAACUAUUCAGUUUACAAAUGGCAUAACCUCAAAAGACCGGGUCUUUUUGGUUGAGCGCGAGAUGCUCGCAAGAUGCGGUUGCCACAUUGCUUCAAAUGAAAGUCUGCAUUUUUUUUUUGAAAAGUCUAUAACAGGUAAAUUUUUUUAUUCAUAAAAUUAUUUUUAUCAGGUCCUUUUCAGAGCUGCGAUCUGGUUUUGAAUGAGUCGGCCUUAGAAAUUAAAUUAAAUUAAUUUAUACAUGCGAGGAAGGCACCAACCACCUUAAUGGUGGAUUAAAAAACUUUUUUAUUUGUGUUAGUGCCCUGAACCUACUACCCCAUAAAUAAAUCCCAUAGUUUCAUUAUGGCGACAAGUUAUCAGACCGACAUUUGCCAUAACUUAGUCUGGCAUUUAGUCAACAGAAGGUUUAAAAUCAAAAUGUUUUUUUUUUAAAGAUAUGACAGCUGUUUGUUUCAUCUCACAAAAAGAGAGAGCAAGAAAAAAAAUCAAUAAAUAAAAUAAUUAUUUACCUAAAAUAUUUCUUAAAUUUUUAAUAGAUAUUUUUGCAAUAAGGUAACCUUUUUGGGGCUAAACGACCCAAAAUAAGAAAACGUUAAAAGUAGGGAUUCAAUCAUCCGGUACCCGAGCAUGGGUAAAUAACAAGGGAAAUGCGUAAUAAUACCUUUCUCUGGUAUUAAUACCAAAUUUUAGUAUUCCUGGACCCUUUAAAAUAUGUCUUAAAAAUUAUGCAAGAGCAAUAUGUGGUAUCAUACCAAUUUAAGGUAUUGUUUUGAUAUUGCAAAAUUGCAGAAUUUGUCAAUGGUUGAACACCACAUUUUGGUAUUAUUUUGGUAUCAAAGUGUUUUAUCAAAUUCAUCUGAAACUAUGGGAAAAUUUUGGCCAAUUUUGACAAAAUAAUUAAUUUUGCGCUAAAAUGAUGUCUCAAAGCGAAUGCCUUCAUUUAAAACCGGAAAUUUCAAAUUUGAUUUUAAACAUUUUUGAUAUACCCCCUAAAGAAUUGACUUGAAAUUGUGGAAAAUUUUCUACGUCAGGAUGGCACAUUUUGGUAUUAUUUUGGUAUUAAAGUGUUUUAUCAAAUUCCUCUGAAACUAUGGGAAAAUUUUGACCAAUAUUGACAAAAUAAUUUGUUUUGCGCUAAAAUGAUGUCUCAAAGCAAAUGCUUUCAUUAAAAAUCGGAAAUUUCAAACUUGAUUUUUGGUAUUAUUUUGGUUUCAUCAAAUUCCUCUGAAACUAUUUUUUUUAUUUUAUAAAUUCGACAAGAUAAUGCAUUUUUAAUUGACUUGAAACCCAAAAAUGUUAAUGCUGAUUUUCAUAUUUUUUUUAUAUACCCACAAAGAUUUUUUUUAAAGUGUUGAAAUUUAACAAAGUUGGGAUAACCAAUUACUUUGAAAAACGAGUUAAUCAGAUUAGAUCAGAUUAUUGAAUUUUGGUGAAUUUCAAUCCUUAUUUUUCAAUCUUGUUAUUUUUCAGAAUCUUCGUGAACUUCAAGUGAACUUCAAGCACAGGCCGUUCAUCAAUGACAAAUGAAUUCGAUGUGGUGAAGAAUAUCACUAAGAACAACAUGGAAUCAUCAGGUGAGUAGAUUUGGCUGUUGCAUAUGGAUCAUUUCCGUUUUUUAAUAAUUGCAACUGCUGCACUAAAAAUGGUAUGAAAAUACCAAAUUUUGGUAUUUUUUGUGCAAAUACCAGCGACCAAAAUGUGCUCUUGGUUGCCAAGUAAUAGAUGGUAAAAUACCAUGAAAUCAUACCAAAAUCAUGUAUGUGGAAGACCACAGGAAUACCAAAAUCUGAUUUUCCAAGGGCGCGGGAAUACCUAAAAAUAAAACCAUGGUAAUACCAAGUUUUGGUAUUCAAGCAAUGUUCAAUAAUCCAGAAGACCUCAACUUGGUUUUGAAAUGAUUUUAUUUUGAGGUAUUAUUUUACCCUUGGAAUAACAUGGUUUGGUAUUGUUGUGCCCUUCCACAUACAAGACUUUGGUAUGAUUUCAUGGUAUUUUACCAUCUAUUACUGGGCAACCAAGGGCAAUUUUGGUCCCUGUUAUUUGCCCAAGUAAUACCAAAAAUUGGUAUUCCCGUGUUAUUUACCCCUGCUCGGGUAGGGGUAGGCGUGGUUGCCUCUCACCAAGUCGGCUUGGGAUGGUCCCGAUGGCAUUUUUCGAUACGAGAUUUGUCUGACCACGCCUUCCGUCGGAUGGGGAAUUAAGUGUUAGCUCCGGUCUAUCCUAGAGGUUAGGUCGUUAGCUCAGUACAGGUGUAGGAGUCGUCUCCCUGGGUCCUGUCUCGGUGGAGUCGCUGGUUGGCAGUUGUACUUACAAUCCAAAGGUCGUCAGUUCGAAUCCCAGGGUGGAUGGAAUCUUAGGUGUAAAAAGAGGUUUGCAAUUGCCUCAACAAUCAAGCCUUCGGACACUUAGUUUCGAUUAGGAAUCUCGCAAUCGAGAACGCCAAGGCAAUGCUGUAGAGCGGAAUGUUUUUUUUUUUUUAAUCUUUUACAUCGAAUCUUCGGAUUAUCGAAUCAAAAACAAGAAAAAUGCUUCGUGUUUUUUUUUUAUUUUCAUACUUUUAACAUCAAAAUUCGAGUUCUGCGACCCUAUUUAAAUAAAAAUUGAAUAGUUGAUUGCCUAUAAACAUGAACAUGAACAUGAGAGAUCACCCAUGGUUGCCCCUCCGUUGCUGAACAGAACCGUAAUAUCCUUUCAGCACUACUGAUUAUAUGCUUCGACGAUCUAGUGGUGUUUCCCUUAUCAACAGCAUGUAUGAAUGCGCUGAAAAGAUAAAACACCAUGAUUGCUAAAGCUAGAUCAGUUGCGAAUAGGUAACAGUCAUUGGCCACCAACGGCGCCCGCCAUGUCAGUUUGUAGAUCUCGAUUUUAAGGGACGGGAAUGUUAGUUAGCGCAGGUUGCUACUAGGGCAGCUGAUUUACUCUGUGCUUACACCCCACAAGCGCCAGGAACCUGAAAAUUUGUUAGUAGGAUAGGGUGUUUGGUCAGGAUUCACCAUAGAAGAUGAUGAUGCGACCCAAAAUCAUAGUGUUUGUUGAAAGGUAUUAUGUUUUAAUCUCAAGGCAAGCAAUCGGAUGCUGCGGAUGAGUCAUUUCCCGUUUAUCGGCUGUUAACUUUUAAUUGAAAUGGAUUUAUCUUAGACAGCCGGCUGUGGAAAGAUAGAAUUGAAUAGUUGAUUGCCUAUAAAAUUACAAUAGUUGAUUGCCUAUAAAAUUACAAAACUAUUGUUUUCAAUAUGUUAUUACCGCCACUUUGGUCGCCAUCUUGGAUUUGAAAAGUCUAAAUCAAUUUAGAGUAGGGGAACAACAUCUAAUUCCAGCGUGCCUCUAAUGUUGGCAGGUCAGAACUAUGACAUCCAAUUAAAGCUAAUUAAAAGCGUUUUCAUCUGAUAUCGAGUGAUAAAUAGCUCAAUAAGAAGUGAGCAAGCAAGUUUCUAUCAAUAGUUUUGCAAAAUUAGUUGUUUAAAUAGUGAAAAUCAGCAAAUUGGAUGGAGUUAGGAGCGAUUGCUUAACCUGCCAAACAUACGAGAAUUUCCCCUAGUUAAGCUCGACAAUGAAAAAAAAACAUCAAAAAAAAAAAUGUGAUUCGUUCAUCCGAAAUAUUCGAUUAUCCGAAGUGAUUUUUUUUCCAAGGCCUCCGGACAAUCGAGUCUGGACUGUAUUAUAAUGUUGUUGAAAAAAGGUUCGGUUUACUUUGAACAUGUUUUCAAAUGUAAAAAUCCCUUUUCUCAUGAUGCACUAAACAAGAAACUUGGACUUUCUAACUUAUUAAACAUAUUUUCACAUAACAAUCAAUUGAAAAACAAUCAAUCCAUAAACUUUCCACAAAUCGUGAUCGACCGUUCAGACCGCGUGCAAACUCUCACGUUCACACCCGAGCCCGAUAAAUUUCCAUCGCAAAACAACGCCGUCCCUUAAUCGCCGAUUAAGUGUCAUAAAUUGAGUCACCAGAACCGUUUAAUCUGUUCUGUUUAUCGCGAUAAGAUCGAUUCCCUCUCUCUCGCACCGUCCAGCCUUGAUUCAGCACGAGCACGACGAUUCCGCGAGGCUUUACCAUAAAAUGCUAUGCAAACGAGGUAAACAUCAAAGAGUGCAUUAGAAGACAGCGCUCACUUGGAUGUUGUUGGAAACUGGUUUUGGUUCACGCGAUUAAACCGCUGCAAUUAAAUUGUUCACAGCAGUUUACAUCAAACAAGAGGGAACUGUUCAUUAGCCUGUCCCAUUUUGAGGUCAUGUCGAGGAAUUUCAGGUGCUCACUUCUUAAAUGAUAGAUUAUGAUGUUAGGAACAAUGUUUUCUUAGACAAGAAAAAAUAAUAAAAUACUUUCUCGCACCCCCUAGUCGAUUUACUGAAAAAUGUCACUUUUUUGAACAAAUUUUCUAAAAUCGCUUGGAAUCAAUACAAAAACUGAUUCGAUCUGGUGAGUAUUAUCUUCAAACGAUAGGUUUUUGUCCAUAGAUUAAGAUGCACUAUCAAUAUUGGACCAAAAUCUAAGUUUUUGGACUCUCCCAGGCGGAUUUAUGUCGAAAAAAUCGCAUUUUUUUGAAACUUUUUUCAGAAAUGCUCAUUUAAUUUAGGGUAGUCUAUUUUUCCCAGUAAAACCAAUACAUGCAGCUUGUAGGAAAUUUCAUGGCGAACAUUUUUCCCUCUGAGAAAAUGCAAUUUCGACACUCCAGAGCCGAGAUAUUUGAGUUUUAGUGAGGAAAAAAGUGCCAAUUUUCAAAAUUUCUCAGAAUUCAGAAGCAAGGCCUAUUAAUUACCCGAUGUUGCAAGCAUGUAUCGCAAAGGUCAGGGUAUGCUUUCUUAUAGUAAUUUUGGCCGCUGAAUCCGAAUCUGAAAUCAAAUUUCGUGUAAACAGUGAUGUUUUGUAGCUACACCCUUUUGGAAUGUUAUUUGCGUAAUUAAAUCGCUGCCAUUCAAAUUGCUUGCAAGUUCGGUCAUACUUUUCUCGGUUUUCGUUCCACUUUGAUUGAUUUUUUACUUACAGAUCUGUUAAAUGUUUUUUACGUUUUGAUUAUCUUAAGCAAUUCGAAAAAUCGCAUAUUGUUAUUUGGUGGUGGCUUAGGGACUAUCCAUAAACCACGUGGACCCCCUCCUCCCCAAUUUCCAUACAAAACAAAUCUUUUUGAUAUGGAGAGUGGAAAAUCGCUGAAUCAAAGUGGUAUUUACGAAAACCGAAAAAAGUAUGACCGAACUUGCAAGCAAUUUGAAUGGCAGCGAUUUAAUCACGCAAAUAACAUUCCAAAAGGGUGUAGCUACAAAACAUCACUGUUUACACGAAAUUUGAUUUCAGAUUCGGAUUCAGCGGCCAAAAUUACUAUAAGAAAGCAUACCCUGACCUUUGCGACACAUGCUUGCAACAUCGGGUAAUUAGUAGGCCUUGCUUCUGAAUUCUGAGAAAUUUUGAAAAUUGGCACUUUUUUCCUCACUAAAACUUAAAUAUCUCGGCUCUGGAGUGUCGAAAUUGCAUUUUCUCAGAGGGAAAAAUGUUCGCCAUGAAAUUUCCUACAAGCUGCAUGUAUUGGUUUUACUGGGAAAAAUAGACUACCCUAAAUUAAAUGAGCAUUUCUGAAAAAAGUUUCAAAAAAAUGCGAUUUUUUCGACAUAAAUCCGCCUGGGAGAGUCCAAAAACUUAGAUUUUGGUCCAAUAUUGAUAGUGCAUCUUAAUCUAUGGACAAAAACCUAUCGUUUGAAGAUAAUACUCACCAGAUCGAAUCAGUUUUUGUAUUGAUUCCAAGCGAUUUUAGAAAAUUUGUUCAAAAAAGUGACAUUUUUCAGUAAAUCGACUAGGGGGUGCGAGAAAGUAUUUUAUUAUUUUUUCUUGUCUAAGAAAACAUUGUUCCUAACAUCAUAAUCUAUCAUUUAAGAAGUGAGCACCUGAAAUUCCUCGACAUGACCUCAAAAUGGGACAGGCUACUGUUCAUUGAUUGGGAAUAAUUUUAAUACACGCUGAAAAAACCGCAAGCAAAAUAGAGCAAUCCAAAAACCCAGUAGCAACUUAACCAAUAGAAGAAGGAAAAAAUAGUCGUACCAUGUUAGAACAAGUCUGAUGCACACCAGAAGAACUAAAUACACGGAGAAAAUUAAUAUCACACACUAAACACUUCAACCAGCAAGCAAAAACAACAGUACACACAGUGAAAACAGUCUUUAAGGGGAGAUUAACUUUGCCAUAUAGGGUUAUUUUUUUCACUGUUUGAUUUUUUAUAAUUUUUGUUUUUAAGAUAUCGUAAAACCCUUUCAAUCAAUUGUUGUACACAUCAUGGAGAAUGUUUGGUGAAAAUAUGAACAAUUUUGGGGGUCAUCCAUAGAAACUGGGUGGUCGAUAAACGACGUACUUUUGGUAUUUUGAUAUUAACUCGUAUC